GUUUUUCUGGUUUAUGGCUCAAUGGUGUGUACAGCAACGUGUUUUUUGUAAAUUGAUAAAAUUAUUUAAACAUUAUUCAUUAUGGUACAAAUAAAAAUAAUCGAUUCUGAAAACAGUGUAAAAAAGAAGAAAAAAGUGUCUAAGAAAACCAAGAAAUCAUGGAGAAAACACGUAAAUAUCAAAGAUGUUGAUGAUUUCUUAGAAGAUAAGAGGUUAGAAGAACGUCUUGGUAUUCCAUUUGCUAAAAGAUCAGAUAAAGAACUUUUUGCAAUUGAUACAACACCAGAUCUUCAUCUAAUAGAUGAAGAUCAUAAAAAAAGCAAAGCAGCAUAUAGAUUGGCUUUGAAAAAUUCUGAACCAAGAUGCUAUGCUAUUUUGAAACCUAGCUCUGCUGUACCAGACCCAAUAGUUAAACGUAAUAGAGUAAAAACUCCAGAAGAACGUAAAAAUCCCAUUACUAAACAUAUUGAGAAGAUAAGAAAAUUAAAUGGACAAUUAAAAUUGAAAGAAAAGAUUGCUUUAAAAAAUAGGAAGCUUGCUGAAGAAAGAAAAAAAAAUCAACCUAAGAGAGGUGAAUACAAUCUUGACAUUUGGAAUGUUCAACCUACUGAAGAAGUAGAGAUUAAAACUAAGAUUGAUUCUCAAUGGCUCACUUCAGAAACAUUGAAACAUACUCUGGCUAUUAAAGGCGUAAAAAAAAGGAAUAUUCCAAAAACUAUUCAUACGAAACCAUCAAUUCUUCCUGCUGUUGAACCGCCUCAUCCUGGAACCUCUUAUAAUCCUUCGUAUGAAGAUCAUCAAAGCUUGUUACAUGAAGUGGCCGAGAAAGAAAUAAAACUUAUGAAACAAGAAGCACAUCUUGAUCGAGUUACUACUAAAAUGUUUAAAAAGGUGUCACCUGAAGAAAAUACGAAAAAUAGGCUGAGAGAAUUAUCUGAAGGAUUACCAUCUACAGAAGGAUCAACAUCAGUGAAUGAUCAAGAUCUGGAAAAAAAUGAAGACCCUAAUAAACUUUCCAUAAAUCCUCCUGUGAAAAAUAAGAAAAAAACACUUGUUCAGAGGCGAAAGAUCAGAGAACAAAAUGCAUUAGCAUCAGAGCAAAAACAGAAAAAAUUAGAAAAAAAGAAGAUAUCCGAUAUUUAUAGAGUUAAAAUACUUAAUAAGAAAAUUGCAAAUAGAGAACAGAAAUCUGAACUUUUAAGUAAGAAGAAAGAAAAACUGAAAGCUUUAAAAGCUAAAGAAACUAAGGUUUUAUCGAAAAAUAAAUUCGAAGCACCUGACCCUGAUUUUCAAUUAGGAGAAGAAUUGAGUGGAAAUUUAAGAAACACUCAACCAGCAAAGAGUUUACUUACUGAUCGUUUUAAAUCACUACAGCAAAGAAAUAUCGUUGCUCCAAGUACUCGUGUGCUGAAACUCAAUAAGCCUAAAGUAAAGAGGUACAUAAAACCAGAUCAUAAAAUACAAUUGCCUAAAACAUCAAAAUAAAUUAUUCAUUAUAAAAACAAAAUAAAAGUAACUUUGUUUUAUACUUA